AUUUUAUUUUUAAUCAGUAAUCCAACAACCUCAAAUAUUAUAAAUAAAAUAAGGAUCUUUUGUGCUCUAAGGGCACAUGUUAAAGAACUCAAAAAAUAAUAUCAUUCCUUUCCUUUGACUUUUGAAUACCAUAACCAUACAAUGAUGAUGAUAUACACAUGAUCCCAACAUAUACUAGAUGAGAGUGAAAUAUGGCAGAAACUGGAGUAUUGUUUGCUCUGGGGGAAGUGUUCCAAUUCCUAAAAGAAUAAACAAAUCUUCUGAGAUUCGCCACUGGAUUGGUCCAAACAUAAUUGAUUUUGAUAUUCGUACUAUUCACUCAUCCUCCAAGGAGUCACAAACAAAUUGAAAAUUCUCUAGUGUCUAGAAAGCUUCAAAAUAUCAAGGUUGAAAUUUAUACACAAGAUCAUUGUUUCUUCAAAGGUAUACAUAGAGAAAGUAUUGUUUCUUCAAAGGUAGAGAGAGAGAGAGAUAGUUAGAGAGAGAGAGAAUGUUUGGUUCAAAGAAAACAUCUCCUGUGAAAGAUGCUAAACCUAGGUCUAAGCAUAAUAACCCCUUUGAUUCUGAUGAAGACAAAAAGGAUAACAAAAAGUAUAAUUCUUCGAAGAAGACGUCUUCGGAAUAUAACUUAGUUCAGGGAGAAACUAAUACCAAUCCCUUUGAUGAUGUUGAUACUCGUGGUCACUCUUCAUCGUCUUCUUAUGCUCCGUCGUACGGCAAUCGACACAUGUAUAAGAAUGAUUUCCGUGAAUCUGGAGGAUUAGAGAGUCAAUCAGUGGAGGAUUUGGAGAACUAUGCUGUUUAUAAGGCUGAGGAGACUACAAAAUCGGUAAACAAUUGUCGGAAGAUAGCAGAGGAAAUGCGAGAGGAAGCCAGCAAUACUUUGGUUAUGCUGCAUCAUCAGGGCGAGCAGAUUACAAGGAGUCAUGAUAUUGCUGCUGGCAUUGACCAUGAUUUAAGCAGGGGAGAAAAACUUUUGGGAAGUCUUGGUGGAAUAUUCUCCAAAACAUGGAAACCAAAGAAGACAGGCGCAAUAAAAGGCCCUACAAUAUUUGGAGAUGAUCCAGUCCGAAUAAGCGCCAACCACUUGGAGCAACGAGAGAAGCUAGGAUUGAAUUCUGCCCCUAAAGGACAGUCAAAGCCAAGGAAAACACUUUCUGAGCCAACAAAUGCAUUUGAAAGAGUCGAGGUUGAGAAAUCAAAACAAGAUGAUGCACUGUCAGAUAUAAGUGAUCUUUUGGGAGAACUUAAGGGCAUGGCUAUUAACAUGGGAACUGAAAUUGAGAGGCAAACCAAAGCUAUAGAUGGAUUUGAAAAAGAUACCGAGAAGUUGAAUAUCCGUAUGAAUGGCGCCAAUCAACGUACUCUUCAUUUACUUAGGAAAUAGGGAUGCAGAUCAUUUCAUGAGAUUCAUUCCAACUUUUGUUAAUUUCCAUUAUUCAAUUCGAGAUUCAAACUUUGUAUUAAACACCAGUUUCAGUUCUACUGUAUGUAAUAUACAAUCUGCUUGUGAACAUAAGUUUUUUCCUUGAAAUAUAUUGUAGAUUGAUUUGGAUUA